AUUCCUUUGAUUAAUUGAGAUUCUAUUCUAGGAAUUUUUUGCAACACUCAAUUUUUAGAUUUAAUUUCCAGACGUAAGAGAGAAAUAGGAAUUAAGGGAUAGAUAUAUAAACUCAUCAAAUGGCUUCUUCUCGUGUAGUCUUCAUAGCAAUUUCCAUGGUUUUGCUAUCCUCAGUUGCAUUGGCAGCUGAUCAUAUUGUGGGUGAAGAUAAGGGCUGGACUGUUGAUGUCAAUUACACUCAAUGGGCUCAGGAGAUGGUUUUUCGUGUUGGCGACAACCUUGUUUUCAACUAUGACCCUUCAAGACACAAUGUUUUCAAAGUGAACGGAACACUUUUUCAGAGCUGCACUUUUCCUCCAGCAAACGAAGCACUUUCCACCGGAAAAGAUAUCAUUCAAUUAAAAACAGAAGGAAGAAAGUGGUAUGUUUGUGGUAUAGCUGAUCAUUGUUCUACUCGUCAAAUGAAGUUUGUCAUCACUGUUCUACCAGAAGCUGCACCUGCUCCUUCUCCUCCACCUUCUUCGGUGGCUCACUCUGUUGUAUCAUCUGUGUUUGGUGUCGUCAUGGCAACCAUGGUUGCAAUUGGAGUCAUCUUUGCAUGAGA